GAUGUUGGUGGUCAGGACAAGAUCAGACCCCUCUGGAGACACUACUUCCAGAACACACAGGUAAACGCACACACCAAAAGGGAACCGGGGAGGCUACAGCCUACUCUUUUACUUCUCUCAUGUAAUGCCUCAGGGCAUCCUCCUCCUCUCUGACUGUUCUGCUCUGACUGUGUUCCUCCCUCACUCAGGGUCUGAUCUUUGUAGUGGACAGCAACGACAGAGAGAGAGUGGCUGAGUCUGCAGAGGAGCUCUCUAAAAUGGUAGGUAUAUUUACUGUAUGUAUGAUAUGUAGUUAAUGAUGGGUAUAUUUACUGUUGGUAUGGUAUGUAGGUCUGUAGACUUGCUAAGUGUCUUGGCUGGGUCUGUUUAUUUAUAAUUGACUGGACAUUGAACCUGAAACUUUGUGUGAAACAAUUUAUUUAAUCACAGAGCACAGUGUUGACUUUCUGAACAAGAGCUCAUUAUCUCAAACUAGUGAUCUAAUCACUCUCCCCCUAGCUCCAGGAGGAUGAGUUGAGAGAAGCAGUGUUGCUGGUGUUUGCUAACAAGCAGGAUCUUCCCAAUGCUAUGGCAGUCAGCGACCUCACAGAUAAACUGGGACUGCAGAGCCUCCGCAGCAGAGUGGUGAGUCUAUCACAGACCUAGACAUACAAACACUAAUGCAGGCACACUUUUCUCAAUGUUGAUCAUUUUCUUUCUCUCUCUCCCUUCUCAGUGGCACGUGCAGGCGACCUGUGCGACCCAGGGCACAGGACUGUAUGAAGGACUGGACUGGCUUUCCAACGAGCUGUCCAAGCAAUAACACCGGACAUCACAAGAGAGAAAAGCCGAGAACGAGAGUGAACCACAGAGAUAGAAGACUGACACCUUCAAUCAAGAGAAGUUUGGUCUUGAAGAACUUGUGCCCAUAGAAUGGACAGGACUUGUGGACAAUGCAAUCAAUACAUACAUACAUGAACAGCUUAUUAUUUUACUACUCUUUUUACUUCACUUUCUUUUACUUUAGACGAGUAUCUGAAGGGAUAACAGUAAUCUUCACUUUUUCCCAACCUCAUAUUUUGCAGCAGAUAAACUGACGCUUUCAAUUGCGUGUUUAGCAAAUGGCUGCUCUGAGACACCAUGGAGAUGCCUCUUCCUCUGUAAAGUGUUCUGCUGGGUUGACGUUGCCCACAACCACUGAUCCUGGGUCAGACCUUUUUAAAUCUGCCUAUGGUUAAGAUUAGGAUUGGGGGUGUUGUAAUCUGAUCCUAGAUCUGUGGUAAAGGGAAACUUCUACCACAAACUGUUCAGGUCCACUAGACCUCAUGGACAUUUUCAUUGAAACAACCCUGACCCUUUACCUCUCACCCCUGUGACCUCACUGCCAUGCUAUUUCACCUCUGUAAGGGACAGACGUUUCUAGAAUGAGAUUAAGAAUAAGAUGACAGUGAUGUCAUAAAUCUCCAGUUUGAGGAAGUUUUUCUGCACUGGGAGCCAAAUGGAACUCCUCCCAGUGAAUGGAACAGAAUGGAACCACUGGAAACAGUUUGCUCCUGGUACUACCUGUUUUCGCCAUAUUAUUGUAGGGUAGCUUUGCUCUGGGCUCUCCAAAUAGAAAAGAGGAGAUGCUUUUUAUGGGCCACAAUUAUGUAAUAACCCAUUUCCUUAUGUGCUUUGAUGUAAGCUGUGGGAAGCUGAAAUUAGUAGGUAGAAGUUGCCGCUAAUCGUUGAAACAGGUGUUUGAUACUUUUUCAUCCUCCUAAUGAUUCAGGUUAGGAUGGGUAACCUGAUCCAGGAUCUGUGGUUAGGUACAACUUCUACCUCGAAUGAGCUGAAACGACAUACAUUUUUUUUGGUCUUGUCUAGUGAGAAUGUGCACCUCCUAACCCAGACUGUGGCUCUGUUCUAUUACUUAGAAAAUGAUUUCUUUCCUCUCGCCCGUCCUUGAAGUUAUUACAUAUCUGAAGUAUUGGCUUGAAACAAUGGCGUCAAGGAAGGAAAGGGAAGAAGGCGGAAGGAUGUGUUUUCUAAGCAUUGAAACCAGGCCAAUAUCAGUGUUGUACAGUUCAGUGGCAUGCUUGGCUCAGCAGUGCUUGCUUGUUUGUUACCGGGCGCACUCUUCUGGUAUUUGAUGGCUGAUGUUGAGUGCUUAAUCUGACCCUCCCACACACACCCCUGCAUGUCCCUGAGCUGUGCAUACAUUCCAACUGAUGGAUGCUUCUGGAAACUACAUAAAGCUGCCACUCAACUUUGAAUGACAUGAUAACUAAUUAUGUUUUACAAAACAUGUAUAAAUAAAUUCACCUGUUAAAUUGU